AUGGAGCCUGUUCCUGUUCGUCGUAUUAACCGAUGGACCCAGGAAGAGGACACUAUCCUCAUCCAAAGGCUCUACGAGCAACAAUCCUACGAUCCUGCUGGAGCAGCAACUGACUGGCAGAAAAUUGCUGCUGUUCUUCCCGGUCGAUCGAAUAAAGAUUGCCGAAAACGAUGGUUCAAUGUUCUCAGUGGAGGACUACGAAAGGGUGCAUGGUCACCUGAAGAAGACUCAUUCCUCAGAGACGCAGUACGGGUUGAGGGAAAAUCAUGGAUGCGUGUUGCCCAGCAUGUUCCUCAGCGUACCGCAGACCAAUGUGCGAAACGAUGGCAACAUUUCCUGGACCCUACCCUGGAUCGCUCAGAAUGGACAGUAGAAGAACAACAUGGGCGCCAUUGGCUGGCUAUCCGAAAUCAAUACCUACCACUACGAUCUCCAAAUUCUCUAAAGAACCAGUAUUCAAUUCUUAUGCGUCGUCACGAAAAAAGUCUUGCGUCUUCUUUCCAGAAGAGCCAGGGCUCAUGGGAACUUCCUGCAAGCGACUACCAUGCGGCAUCUACGACCUCUCCGAAAACCCCUAAUAGACGUUCUAAAACAAAAUUCAACCGCAAGAACAGCUCUGAGACCGACACAUAUAUUAAACAAGAGGUGGAAGAAGACUUUAUAGGCUCUUCAAUUUAUGGUGAAGUUGACUACCAGUCAACUAUGUCCCCCGCCACAGAUUAUGGUUUAAUAAGCAAAGGAGCCUCAACCUCUGACCCAACCACAGAUAUAUAUGCUGGGCUCAUUAAACAAGAAGAAUUUUCAGUGACUGGGUAUGAUGGGACAUGCUUUGGUUCUAGUCUUGGAACACAAUACGAAGUAAACCCUGCUCAGUUAUCGCAUUUGGACGCCGGUAUCCCAUGCCACACCCCCGAAGAAUUGUGGUUGACAUACCCUACAUCACCAAGCUCAACGGCACCUAGCGAUGGCGACCUAGGCAGCCUCUCAUCUCACAGAGAUCAAUGGAGUUACGAGGUGCCAGGAAUGGCAUUGCAGGAGCCAAGUGCACUUGCAGCUUACGGAUACGGCGGAUAUCAAUGA